UAGUAAUGUCAAUCAACAGGAGGUGGGACAUACAGCUAACGUUAUCGAAUUCACCAGCAAACUGAAUAUAUAAUUUGCGCAAACGCACGGUGAGUGGAGGCUACCAGUUCAUAGAUGUCUUCGAAAUCUGCGGUUUAGUAUAUAUCCUGUGUACAAAAAGCUAGCGACGGACGACAAUCACUACAAACGUCUGUAUAUCAAUAGAUAGCUGGCUAACGUUGCAAGUUUGUAAUAUCUCCGAAGAUGAACGGGCAAAUGAACGGCUUCCAUAAUUCACUCAUCGACGAAGACUGUUUUCUCUUUACCUCCGAGUCUGUCGGCGAAGGACACCCAGACAAGAUUUGUGACCAGAUCAGCGAUGCUGUGCUGGACGCCCACCUCAAACAGGAUCCCGAUGCCAAAGUAGCAUGUGAGACUGUUGCCAAGACUGGCAUGAUUCUGCUGGCAGGGGAAGUGACGUCCCGUGCCACUGUGGACUACCAGAAGAUCGUCAGGGACACCAUCAAGAACAUUGGCUAUGAUGACUCUUCCAAAGGCUUUGAUUAUAAGACCUGUAAUGUGCUGGUGGCCUUGGAGCAGCAGUCCCCUGACAUUGCACAGGGGGUCCACCUGGACCGCAGUGAGGAGGAUGUUGGAGCCGGGGACCAGGGUCUGAUGUUUGGUUAUGCAACCAAUGAAACAGAGGAGUGCAUGCCCCUCACAAUCAUCCUCGCCCACAAGCUGAAUGCCAAGAUUGCUGAGCUACGACGCAAUGGUGUCCUGCCCUGGCUGCGGCCUGACUCCAAAACCCAGGUGACGGUGCAGUAUCGCCAGGACCGCGGUGCCAUGCUGCCGGUGCGCGUGCACACGGUGGUGGUCUCGGUGCAGCACGACGAGGGCGUGUGCCUGGAGGAGAUGCGUGACGCGCUGAAGGAGAAGGUGGUCAAGGCCGUGGUGCCCAGCGCCUACCUGGACGAAGACACCGUCUACCACCUUCAGCCCAGCGGUCGCUUUGUCAUCGGGGGCCCGCAGGGCGAUGCGGGGCUCACUGGCCGUAAGAUCAUCGUGGACACCUAUGGGGGCUGGGGAGCUCAUGGGGGUGGGGCCUUUUCUGGAAAGGACUACACCAAGGUGGACCGCUCUGCUGCGUACGCCGCCCGCUGGGUGGCCAAGUCUCUGGUGAAGGCCGACCUGUGCAAGCGCGUACUGGUUCAGGUGGCCUAUGCCAUCGGUGUGUCCCAUCCUCUGUCCAUCUCCAUCUUCCACUAUGGCACGUCUCAGAAGAGUGAGAGGGAGCUGUUGGACAUCGUCAAGAAGAACUUUGACCUCCGGCCUGGGGUCAUCGUCAGAGAGUUGGACCUGAAGAAACCCAUCUAUCAGAAGACCGCUUGCUAUGGCCAUUUUGGCCGCGAUUCUUUCCCAUGGGAGGCGCCCAAGAAGCUUAAAUACUAAAAACAGUAGAAAAGAACCUCUGUGUUUUCCCCUUCUCCUCUCCUAAUGGUCUGUGCUGGCAAGAGUGUAACUACAGAGAAACCUACCAGCUCAAAGGAGAAGCACGGGGGAAAACCAGAAGCACCAUGCCCUGUGAAUGACCUCCCCUAUCCCCCCCCCCUCUCUCUGUCGUUCUGUCUAUAUGCACUCUGAGUUAAUUUGGCUUUGAUGACCCCAUGCCCUAACCCUUCCUCACCAUCGCCCGCCCCCCUUAGCCAUGAGUGUGCCCCGCCCCUUGUCGUUGCCCUAGUACUGUAUGGUUCUAUUCUUUACCAUCCACCUGUCCUUCCAUCACCCCACUCCUGACCCCAUCUGAUCUAGUGAUGGCACAAUGGAAGACUAAGAUUGUUAAGGAGACACUAUGCAUCGCUGUCUGAAGCCCUAGACCUGCUAAAAACCCAUUCCCAAAAAGGUCUAGGUUUGCUUACAAAGAUUGAAUUGAAUUUUUGAACGGGAUCAAAGCAAAUCCCUCCCCCCCCUCCACACGCACACACAUCUCUUAUGAAUCAAAGUGUUUGUAGAAUGCACCUGGGUGGAACUCAAGAGAUCCACAAUCGGGUUGUCUCAAAUUGACCCUUUUCCAACAAACAGUCACUCUCUCCCCUGCAAAAGCGCCAUCGUUUUCUGACGUGUUACAGAGAAGUCAGAAGCUGCUAAUCCCGCUGUCCCCCUCCUUGGUGGCUGUUUUUUGCAGGGUUUUGUUGUGGUCUUGUGUUUACCCUCACCUCCCCUGCCCCCCCCCCAGCCAAUACCUCUACAGUUUCUUUGCGUUUUCCCAACUUUGGUGAGGAAUCCACAUAGAACUGCGCUGAAGAUCUGUUGUGUGUGUGUGUGGUGUACUGUACGACCAUGGGUGUUGGCAGAGCACUCCCCUGAGCAGGCGCGUGGCCGCGUAGGGUGUAGCUACAGAGAAACCCCACCUCCGGCCGGCCCGCUCAGGGAAAAUGCCUUCACCCAAACUUGAAUUUACUACUUGAAGGAAUACAAAUAAAAAUCCGCGUGGCCAACCUCCUGCACCUGGGCCUUGGUGUGCGUACAGAAAAGCCAGGGACCAGUUGUGUGGGGAGGGACCGCCUUUUCUAUCGUUAAUGUUAAAGUAAAACUGAUUCAGACCUCUCUCUUUUUUUUUUCUUCCUUUGUUUUUGUCAUUUUGCCUGGAAAUUGUGGUUCCACCCAUUCCUUUGUGUUCCUCCUGUGGCAUCCUCAUGGUGUUCUACAGAAAAGCCAUGUUUGCCACAGGCCAGCACGUGCUGAUGAAUGCUCUGACCAUUUUGUUACUUUUUAUCCGACAAAAGAAUUAUAACGACCGAGAAUUACCAUUGCGCGCACAUGUUUUUGUUUGUUUUUACGAGUAUUUUAUUAAGUGGGUCUCCCUGCACUCUCGCAGACAGAAGCAAAAGUCUGGCUGGUGUUGUACAGAGAAACCAGCCUCGUUUACAUGCUCUCGACGCAGGGCUGCGGGAGAGGGCCCACUUCUUUUUUAUACUCCUCAGUUCAUUUGACCUUUUUUAAAAACCAGUGAUGGGAGUGUCAGACUGGUCGCUGAAAGAGUUAAAAAAGUGCCUUUUUCUGUUAUUUUCCCUCCCUUGUCUCCCACAUUCCUCAAUCUCAUUUUGUCCGCUCACCUCCCCCCCGCCCCCACAAACCCCACCUACAGUGGCUAUGUACCUUAACAUGGGGCUCUUCGUACAUACCCCUAAAGAUCUCAUGAAUACCCCUAAAGAUCUCAUGAAUACCCCUAAAGAUCUCAUGAAUACCCCUAAAGAUCUCAUGAAUUCUUUAAAUGGCCAUGUCCCACGCUUAAGUGAUUUGAAUAAAAAUCUGUCCAAGAUUA